AUAUUUUAUUAUUUUGUUGUUUCCCUUCAACGUGACUUUACCGAAAAAACUAAGAAUAUGAAUUACUGCAGUCACGAAAGCUUUAAAUCAAAAUUUACCGCGCUGUUGUUUAAGCGACACCAAAUGAUGACGCGCUGUGGGCUGAGAUCGUUGACAAAUUCCAAGGGAUUGCUGUUGUUGUUGUUAUUAUAUUCUUGGUUCCUUUCGGUAAAGUCACGUAGAAGGGAAACAAUAAAAUAAUACGUGACUUUACCGAAAGAACCAAGAAUAUGAAUCCCUGCAGGCACGAAAGCUUUAAAUCAAAAGUUGUUGUUAUUGUUGAGAAGCCGCUCUGUGACUUUCGAGCAAAAGCCAAACGCUGGAUCAUGAUUAUUCGUGAGUUUCAUCAAACAUCACUUUGAUCGGCACCAUCACCAUGACUCGUCACCAUCAUCAUGACUCAUGCAUGUCAGAAUCUGAAUGUGUUUAUGUACUGGAGGAAUCCGAUGAGCUAUGCUGCUCCUUUUUCACAGAUGUCCGGUAUGUGUGUGUAUGUUAAACUUCUCUCGCACCGUACGUAGGCAGCCGUGCUCAUCGGAGGUGCGGCAUUAUGAUCAUCAUCUGCCAUGUUCUAUCAAUUGCUGAAUGGUGGUCAGCACACCCCAGGACAUCGUCCAUCAUGCUUCCGCAAUCCCACUAUUAAUUUCACUCGCACGCAUACUUAAUCUGAUCUCACCAUUCUAUCCCCUGCUACGCAUACGAGAUUCUUUGCGAUAUUUACAUUGAGUUUAUUGAAAUAGCUGAGCAGAUGUUUUGUUAAUGCAUCUAAGUUUCAGUUGAAGUAUCAAUGCCAUCAUCCUCAACAUGAAUGUUAAAUGUGAUUGUCGCUGUUUGCGUAAGCCGUGAAUCUUGCAACUCCACCGGAUUUGUCACAACCAAAACUCGCAGGCAGAAGCUGCGGUAUUGACGGCAGAUGGGUUGAUGAUGAUAAUGGACGUUGAGAUAGAGGAAGCAUGGUGGGGGGCAGCGGUGGGGGGGCCCUUGUGAGAAAGGAAGGGGAAGUAAGAGUAGCAGAGGCGUGACCUGAGAUUCUCUACCACACGGAGAGUCUGGCAGAGAGGAGAAGGGUGAAAAUCGACAGUGAUGAUCUCAUUCAGAACUUCGACAUCAUCGCUCUUCCCGUCAGAAUGGCCACGGCCACCAAUCUCCCCAGCUCUUCAUUCUCCCCGACACCGUCUGCCAACUCAACCCCUGUCUGGAACUCCACCGCCUGGCACUCCUCCAAGACCAUUCUCCCGUGGCUGUCCAACAGCACAAACGGUUCCCCGAUAACAUUCCUCGGCCGCCGGCGCUUCACGCACGCGUCCAUAACCAUCUUGACCAUCGUCUUCGUCCUGGGCAGCAUCGGCAACUUCUUGGUCAUCUGGAUCCUGGGCUUCAAGAUGAAGCGCUCGGUGGUGACCCUCUUCUUCCUGCACCUUUCAGUCGCCGACUUCAUCUUGGUGCUGCAGAUCCCCGUGGUCAUUGCCCCCAUCGCUAUGGACUCGCACUGGGCGAUGGGCACGGCCGCGUGCAAGCUUCACACGUAUGCCUUCGUCGUGAACAUGAACGCCAGCGUCUACUUCUUGACGCUCAUCAGCCUCGACCGCUACGCCGCUCUCCUGCACCCCGUGUCCUCGCUGCCCCUGCGUCGCCUGCGCUUGGCCCGGUGGCUCUGCCUGGCCGUGUGGCUCCUCGCCCUGCUGCUGAGUCUCCCGCCUCUCAUCUUCCGCACGACGCGAUGGACAAACGAAGGCUUCGUGGCCUGCUACAACAGCUACGGCGAAGACUUUGACGUGCAGGCGCGGUGGGGCACGGCCAUGAAAAUUAGUCGAUUCGUGCUGAGCUUCGCCGUUCCGUACGCCGUCAUGAUCUUCUGCUACAGUCGCAUCGGGGCGAGGCUCCAGCGCAUAGACAAGGCGCGUCGCGGCAACUCGCUCAAAAUCAUCGUGGCCGUGGUGGUGGCCUUCUUCGUCUGCUGGGCGCCGUACAACUCCAUGGUACUGCUAAGGGCCAUUUCAUACGUUCAGAGAGACCACGAGAUGGUCCGAGUGACGGGAACGGCUUUUCCCAUUGUCAAGAACCUGAUGGUCAUCAACAGCUGCGUCAACCCGAUCCUCUACGUGUUCAGCGGCUCGCGCCUCAAGACGCAGGUCAGGCGCUCGCUCGUCGGGGCCAUCGAGAACGUGUUCAGAGAACUCGAGCAGACCGACUCUGGACAGAACCUCAGAAGGGGGUGCACGAUGCAGUUGCGCGCAGACGCUAUCCUCAGAACUAACAUCGGCAGAAAUUCCAGCGGUAACUUGGAGGGCAGCGGCGAUGACGAGACACGAGUCAUGAUGGCGCAGGAGGAACACGUGUAGUGUGGGUGGCCGUUAAGGAGGACAGAGCUGGCGUCUUCAACGGAAUUGUUGUGACAUCGCUAUGAUGGCACUUGAGUGUCGUAAUGACCGUACCUUUAAAAAGGAUUUUGUUUUUAAAACGUCAUUAACGAAGUUUUAAAACUCGUGUUGGACAGCCCGCGGGGACACAGAGUCAUAGUUGGGUAGCUACUACAGCUAUGGGUUGCAUCUGCCUUGCAGAUGAGAAGCAAUCAAGUUGAAGCCCUGUGCAAGGUUUGCACUAAUUACUAAACUAAACAUUUUUUUUAUUUUAACCAGGUAAGACCUACUGAGCUACAUCGCUCUGUUUUGGGCGCUCACAUUUUUUACAAACCCAGAAAUGGACAAGGUCUCCCAAAAAUUGCGGAUAGGUUUGCAGUCAAAGAUCGUUACACCAACGUUGUACGAUCACAACACCCACCCACAAUGUUCGGGACGGUUUUGCGCCAUCGACGAUGGCAAACCAUCGUCGAAAAUAGCGGGGGAGGUGUUAAUUUUCAUGGGUGGUUAGUGAUGGUGGUGGUAAUGAUGGUGGUUAUGUUGAUGGUAAUAAUGAUGGUCGUGACGGUGAAAAAAUAAGUUUGAGGCGGAGAUUGUGGUGGUGCUAAUAGUGAAAUGGUGAAAGUGUUGGUGGUGGUGCUGGUGCUGAUAGUUUAGUUCAUUUUCACAGUUCAUUUAUUUGGUAUAGCCCUGUGAGCCAUUCAGCUCUUGAAUCGGGUGCAACCGCAACAAACAAAAACAUG